AUGUCGAACGCAAAUAGCAUCAAGGUCGUCGCUCGGUUUCGCCCGCAGAAUCGGGUCGAGAUCGAAUCGGGCGGCCAGCCCAUUGUCAGCUUCGAUGGCCAAGAUACGUGUACCGUCGAUUCCCGCGAGGCGCAAGGAAGUUUCACGUUUGACCGCGUGUUCGACAUGUCAUGCAAGCAAUCCGACAUCUUCGAUUUCUCCAUCAAGCCAACCGUCGACGAUAUCCUGAAUGGCUACAAUGGUACCGUUUUCGCCUACGGCCAGACGGGCGCGGGAAAGUCCUACACCAUGAUGGGCUCCAGCAUCGAUGACGACGACGGCAAGGGUGUUAUUCCGCGAAUCGUCGAGCAGAUAUUUGCAAACAUCCUCUCCAGCACGGCGAAUAUCGAGUACACGGUGCGGGUCAGCUACAUGGAAAUCUACAUGGAACGAAUUCGCGACCUGUUGGAGCCACGGAACGACAACCUCCCCGUUCACGAAGAAAAGAACCGCGGGGUGUACGUUAAGGGUCUGCUAGAGAUAUACGUAUCGAGCGUGCAGGAAGUGUUUGAGGUCAUGCGGAGGGGUGGAAACGCGAGAGCAGUGGCUGCGACGAAUAUGAACCAGGAGUCUUCGCGCUCGCACUCCAUCUUCGUCAUUACCAUUACCCAAAAGAACGUCGAGACGGGCUCGGCGAAGAGCGGCCAGCUCUUCCUUGUCGACUUGGCGGGUAGCGAAAAGGUUGGCAAGACAGGCGCCAGCGGUCAGACGCUCGAAGAGGCGAAGAAGAUCAACAAGAGUUUGAGUGCCUUGGGCAUGGUCAUCAACUCGCUGACAGACGGGAAAUCCUCCCAUAUCCCCUAUCGAGACUCGAAACUCACCCGUAUCCUGCAGGAGUCCCUUGGUGGCAACAGCCGGACGACCCUGAUCAUCAACUGUUCUCCCAGUAGUUACAACGAUGCCGAAACACUCAGCACGCUGCGCUUCGGUAUGCGUGCCAAGUCGAUCAAGAAUAAGGCCAAGGUCAACGCCGAACUCAGCCCGGCCGAACUCAAGAUGAUGGUCGCAAAGGCCAAGACGCAAAUCACCACGUUUGAGAGCUAUAUCGUCAACCUCGAGAGCGAAAUACAGUUAUGGCGUGCCGGAGAGACGGUAUCCAAGGACAGGUGGAUAGGGAAGGAUAACGAGAGAUUGGUCAGCGAGUCCAACGAGUUCAAGAUGCAGCUAGAGAGGCUAGCAUUCGAAAACAAGGAGGCGCAGAUCACCAUGGACGGAUUAAAGGACGCCAACGCGGAGUUGACGGCAGAGUUGGACGAGGUAAAACAGCAAAUGCUCGACAUGAAGAUGAAUGCCAAAGAGACCAGCGCGGUCCUAGACGAAAAGGAGAAGAAGAAGGCGGAAAAGAUGGCCAAGAUGAUGGCUGGCUUCGACCUUAGCGGGGACGUCUUCAGCGACAACGAGCGGUCGGUAGCUGACGCCAUCGCGCAAAUAGAUGCUCUGUACGAGAUUAGCUCUACCGGCGAUCCGAUCCCGCCUGAUGAUCUCAAGGCGCUGCGGGAGAAGUUGGUCGAGACACAGGGCUUCGUGCGGCAGGCCGAGCUGUCCGCGUUCAGCGCGGCGUCUAACGAGGCGGAAGCGCGCAAGCGUGCUGAUCUCGAGACCCGGCUAGAGGCUCUCCAGCUCGAGCACGAGGACAUCCUGUCGCGAAACCUAGACGAGGCGGACAAGGAGGAGGUCAAGGCCAUGCUGACAAAGACGCUGUCCGACAAGACGACCACACAGGUCGAGCUGAUCGAGGGCCUCAAGUCGGACCUCACCCUCCGGGCAUCGGAGAACGAGCGGCUCAAGGCGCUUGUUGACGACCUGCAGCGGCGCGUCAAGGCAAACGGGGCGGUACCCAUGGCUAACGGCAAGACGGUGCAGCAGCAGCUAGCCGAGUUUGACGUCAUGAAGAAGAGCCUGAUGCGUGACCUGCAAAACCGAUGCGAGCGCGUGGUCGAGCUCGAGAUCUCGCUCGACGAGACACGCGAGCAGUACAACAACGUGCUGCGCAGCAGCAACAACCGCGCCCAACAGAAGAAGAUGGCCUUCCUCGAGCGCAACCUCGAGCAACUCACCCAGGUGCAGCGCCAGCUAGUCGAGCAAAACUCGGCACUCAAGAAGGAGGUUGCCAUCGCCGAGCGGAAGCUCAUCGCCCGUAACGAGCGCAUCCAGAGCCUCGAAAGCCUGCUUCAGGAAAGCCAGGAGAAGAUGGCACAGGCGAAUCACAAAUUCGAAGUGCAGCUCGCGGCGGUCAAAGAUCGGCUCGAGGCGGCCAAAGCUGGCAGCACGCGCGGGCUCGGUUCUCCCACUGGCAUUGGCGGCUUCAACAUCGGUAGCCGCAUUGCUAAACCGCUUCGUGGCGGCGGCGACUCUACUGCUUCAGCCCACCCCACCAUUGCGAAUCUCCAGAGCCCGCCCGAGAAUAAGAGAUCGAGCUGGUUCUUCCAGAAGUCGUGA